UUGACGUUUCGCGGUGACUGCCACAAACAGGUCACAAAAAAAACUAAUCAUUAAAAAUUAAAAAAUGGUAAAUAAGGCGUAUCAUGGAUGAAGUGGACAAGAUAAUUAUGCACCAGCUGCAUGCUGUUGACCCGACCAUCGAGCCGACGGAGGAGCUAACCGGAUUCACGCCGGAGCAGGUGGUGCGUGCGGUUUCCGGCUGUCUGGCGGAGAUCCGUCCGGACUUGCAGCUUCCCCGGACUCUUCCCGGUGGGGCGAUGGCCCUGCGCUUCGGAGUGGCCAGUUCCCUGGCCCAGGGAUGCAAGGACACUGGCUACAGGGGCGACAUUGGCUACCAGACCUUUCUGUAUCCCAAUGCCGUGGAGCUGCGGAGAUUGCUGAUGUUCCUCAUCGAACAACUUCCGCGGGAGCGCCAAAAUGCAGAGGAUGGUGCCAACAAGACGAAGUCCCUGAGCCACAGGGAACUCCUGCAACGGCAAAUCCGGAAGGAGCUCACCCAACAACUAAAGACGCCCUGGGUGCCCCAGUUCGCACGAUCCGUGGGCAAUCGCAAAUCCCUCGGUUGCAGCAGCCUGGGCAUCGAGUUCCGACCAAACGUCAAUCUCAACAUUCCAUCCGCCAAUCCUGAGGAGCGGUCCAAGGAGCAGCAGCAGUAUUUCGACCAGCAGGCGCCCAAUGUCUUUCAGCAAACGGCCUCCAGUAAGGUGGAUCUGAUUGCCUCGGUGCUGCACAAGAACGAGCUGGACAGAUGGGGUCAGGUGGUGUCGGAUUCGGCGCUACUCUUUGUGGCCAGCGAGGAACCAGCUACGCCUUUGAUUUCUACAGUUAAAUCUCCGGCUGGCGCAGACGAAGAGGUUUCUCCUCUCCAGGAACUGAGCAACGAAGUCCAGGAGUUGCGUAUUAAAUGCGAGAAUUUGCUAACGGAACGAAAAAGCCAUGCUGCAUCUGUGGCGGCUCUCAAGCAGCGGGAAACCAAGGCCAGCGAGGAAAUAGCUCGCCUUCAACCCAUGCUGAAACUACACGAACGCACCUCCCUAGUUCUGGCCGAUUCGGAGGAGAAUCUGAUCAAACUGGAGACGCUACUGAAAACCACACAAAGCAAAAGGCAAACGCUCACGCAGCAAUGGCAGGAUUACAGGAAACCGCUGCUGGAAAGCCUAGAGAAACUGAAGACCGCCAAGGAGGCUCAAGAAGUGCAGGGCAUUCGCAACAACAUCGAGCAGCUGGAGCAGGAGCUUAAGGCCAAGACGCAACAGCACAACGAACUUAAUGCCACUCUGCGGAACGCCAGUCAGUCCCUGGCACCGCGCAAGGAAUACACCCGCAGGAUACACGAGUUCAUUGGGAAUAUACGCAAGCAGCGAGCGGAUAUCUACAAGGUUCUGGAUGACACGCGGCAACUGCAGAAGCAACUCAAUGUGGUGGGUGCCCAGUUACAGCGUCAGUUCAACUACACAGACGAUCUGCUCUUCCAGAGCGCCAAACACGAUCUCCAUGCGAAGCGGGCAUAUAAGCUCUUGGCCCAACUCCAUGCCAAUUGCAGUGAGUUGGUCGAGUGCGUCUCGCUGACGGGAAAUGUAACCAAGCAGAUCCGCGAACUAGAGGUCCAAAUCGAUGGGGAGAAGCUGAAGAAUGUGCUGACCAGCCUGCAGCAGAUCACCGGCGACAUCCAGAAGUUCGAGCAGCACAUCCAGGAGCUCCAGGGCCAAAUAAGAGCCGCGGAGCAGCCGAGGCCCGGGAGUUAGUUACCCCAAAUCACUUGCUUGCUAGUGCCAAUCACAAUAAACGAAUCUAUGCACGCCA